CAGACAUGCACAUGGAGUCCACUGCCGGCAACUGAGCUCGCUUUCUGAUUUCCGAUAUGGCUCAUCCGCCGCCGUACGAGCCCUAUUACCUGGCUCCGCCUCCUCCGGACUACGGUUACUCCGCCAACGAUAGAAACGGAAUCAACACGUUGUUCGUCUCUGGUCUCCCCGACGACGUGAAGGCGCGUGAGAUUCAUAAUCUCUUUCGCCGUCGUCCCGGCUUUGAGUCCUGCCAACUCAAAUACACCGGCCGUGGCAAUCAGGUUGUGGCAUUUGCGACCUUUGUGAAUCACCAAUCAGCAAUGGCCGCCCUGCACUCUCUCAAUGGGGUUAAAUUUGAUCCUCAAACUGGUUCCACGUUGCACAUCGAGCUGGCAAGAUCAAAUUCAAGAAGAAAACAUAAACCAGGAAGUGGUCCAUAUGUUGUAAUUGAUAAAAGAACAAAAGCAGAUAAUGAUGCUAAGGAAUCCUCAAGUGAUGAUGGAGAUAGUGAUUAUGAUGAGCCCGCUGGGCAUCAUGAUGCUGGGAACCAAGAUGAUUCAGCAGCCGACAGGAGUACCGAUCAAACAACAAAUUGUAAUGAUGGCUUUACUCAGGAGAAUGAGCAAGCAGAAAAGAGGACAGAUGGUGCAUGCUCUACCUUGUUUAUUGCUAAUCUAGGUCCGAACUGUACUGAAGAGGAACUGAAGCAAGUUCUUUCUCAAUACCAAGGUUUUAACAGCCUCAAGGUUCGUGCCAGAGGUGGAAUGCCUGUUGCUUUUGCUGAUUUUGAGAGAGUUGAACAAGCAACUGAGACAAUGAAUGCACUUCAAGGAAGCACAUUACCAUCGUCCGACCGGGGUGGCAUGCAUAUAGAAUACGCAAGGUCAAAAAUGAGGAAGCCUUGAAAACUCUACUCUAGAAGCAGAGAGCCAACUAGUACCAAAGCUGCUCUACCCUGUAUCAUGCUUUAAACCCAAGACGUUUGGAAGAAUAUUGUGGGCAUCAAUGCCCGACAUGCCACCCAGAUCAUCAGCAAGGAUAUGCUGCAAAUCUGCAAUAUUACAUGCAAUUUGAAGGUUCGAACCUUCUAGUUCUGUAUUUACAAAACUAAUUUUUGUGACAUACUAUAUCGCAACUCCAUCAGGUUUGCUUUAUUUUGGUGCCAUGUUAAGUCAGGUCUUCAUAGAACGCUUUUAUGCGUUAAGAAAACACCAAGUAACACCCAAGCAUCAAAUUGUCUUAUGUUGAUAUUUCAUGAGUGAAAUAAAUAAUUGAGAUAUGCCUU